AAUGUUUGCUCUUCCCAAACGUUUAAUGUACUGACUUUCAUUUGAUCCAUGGCAUAUGUAGGGUUUAUAGACGUGUUUAUAGACACUUUAUUCUGUCAAGUUACUGCGUAUGAUGUUGUAUAACCUCACAAAAAUGUGUUGCUAGUUCAUGCUUGUGGCGCCCCUGUCCACGACGAGUCUUAUCUACUAAAGCAGACAAACGCAUUACGUUCGUCCGUGGGGCCACAAUGUCCCAAUAUCUGCAGACAGACAACUGUCAGUGGGGCCACGUUUCUCGGACGCCUCAAAAUGUUUGCAUGUUUUCUAUUGACUCCGCUUGUCUUCUGUAAUAGCUCAGUGUUGUUAAACCCUGAAAGCCUCACACGCUUUUUCACCCGUGUGUCAAACAUGUCGGUGGAUUGGGUUGGAUAUGGAUACGCUGCCCUCGUUGCAUCUGGUGGAGUCGUUGGUUACGUGAAAGCAGGCAGCGUCCCCUCCCUGGCUGCAGGGCUUCUCUUUGGGGGACUUGCAGGGUUUGGCGCCUAUCAGAUCUCCAAUGACCCGAAUAAUGUUUGGGUUUCCCUUGCUACUUCAGGAGCUCUUGCUGGCGUAAUGGGAAAGAGGUUCUAUGGAUCCAGGAAGUUCAUGCCAGCAGGCCUGAUGGCUGGAGCAAGUGUCCUGAUGAUGGCAAAGCUUGGUGUGGCGUUGCUCCAGAAGCCCCAGAAGUCCUGAUGAAGUGAUGCACUCUGACAUGUCAGCAGCAGCUCCUCAUUUACUGUUUAAUAUUAAUGUCAUUUUUUUUGAAAGGAUGAUGAAAUAUAAUACUUUUGUUUAUAUAACUUGAA